GUGCAACCGCAGCUGUUCGACUUGGUCCGCUGGCUUCUUCCAGAGCUCCGGCGAUGGCGGUCCAAGUUAAAGAAGGAUGGAUGUUCACGUUUGGUCGCCACACUCUUGGCCGUAGAUAUUUGCAUAAGAGGUACUUUGUCCUCGAGUCCAAGGUUCUAGCGUACUACAAGCGGAAACCAGCGGAGAAUGAUGUGCCAACGAAGUCGAUGAUGUUGGAUUCAGAUUGUACAGUUCAAGACAAGGGGAUCGAGCAGCACACAGGGCAUGCUGUUUAUGUUAUUACAGUUAUGAACAGGUCUGACCGCUCAAAACGAAUGUCGAUGGGUGCCUUGAAUGUGGAGGAGAUUUCAGAUUGGCUGACGGCCCUUCAAAAUGUCAUUCACAGCCAAGUGAUGCUCAUGCAAGUUUUGCAGGAAGCAGGGGCAAAGAGACGGCCAGCUGCCAGUCUGGAUGGAGGGUUUUCAAACCAGGAUUCGGGGGCUCACAACAGAACUGAUUCGUCAUCCAAUGACUCGGACAAUAGCACGAUGGUUGCCCCCUCAUCGCAGAUAGAUUCAUACCAUCAGAACGGUGGUCUGAAAUCCAGAAGCGCACGGAGAGCAGAAUCUAUUGGUCAAGGCUUAACGGACAAAGUCAGAGAUUGGGGCAAUGCGGAGCCGCAGACGUCGAGAAGGAUUCUGUCAAGAGAAACUGGAAACCCGCACAGAAGGCGUCGGCUCCUAGGUGUUGAAAACGGUCUUCGCUUCUUUGAGGAGAUCAAUGAUUCUGAGCAUUCGAACAGCAACCCAGCUAUGACUGCAAUUGGCGUUGUGGAGGCCUCUUGCGAGGCCAUUUUUGAGCUUGUACGGGCCAUGGAUGAUUCAAGGCUCCAGUGGGAUUGUACAUUCAAGAGUGGGGUCAUUGUUGCACAUGUUGAUGGGCACACAGAUGUUGUACAUAAGUGUUUGCUUCAGGACUGGUUUCCCAGUUUUGUGUGGCCACGCGAUCUUUAUUACUUACGGUAUUGGCGGCGAAAUGAAGAUGGCACAUUCGUGAUAUUAUACAGAUCAACUGAAGAUGAGCGGUGUCCUCCUCAACCAGGAUAUGUGCGCGCGCAUCUUGAGAGUGGUGGUUACAUCAUAUCCCCAUUGAAGCCCCGUGUUUGCCCAGGGGGCGAAACUUCCCCUCGAUCGCGGGUUGAGCAUUUGCUCCAAAUAAAUUUCAAGGGUUGGGGAGUUGGCUACUUUUCUGCAUUCAGAAGGCACCAUAUCAUGAAGAUGCUCAGUCGUAUAGCAGGAAUGAGGGAACUCUUUGCAGAACAGUCAGAGGAGCAGGUUCGGAGAUUAGGGAUGGCAGGACGUUCUCAGUCAGCAGCCACAACGACAGGGAUGUCGUGUCAUUUUCCCACACGUGAACUGCCUCCACUGGCUGGAAGAAUGCGAGAUGACAGCAGUGAUGACAUGAGCCAACCUCAACACCCUGGCAGCGACAGCCACAGAGGAGAUUGUUUGGACGAUUCGGAAUCUGAGGAGGAGGAUGCGAAUGGCGAUUCAGGAAGAUUUUAUAAUCCAGAGUGUCCAUCAGAGAUGGAUGAGAUGCCAGAGCCACUUGAAGACAUAUCGAUGCCCAUGCCGCCCCUUGACAGUGGAGACACUGGCUCUGGUCCAUAUGAUGAAGACGAAGAUGAAUACGGGCCUCCCGUGGGACCAUCGAGUGAAUUCAGGGGCUCUCUGCCACAUGGAGAUCUGGAGAAUGGGAAGAGCUGCUGGAGUGAGCCACACGGAAAGCAGUUUCGAGUGCGGAGUAAGAACUACUUGGUGGACAACUCAAAGGUGCGUUCCAAGUCCCAGCUAGGUUCCACUUUUAAACACCGUGUCCUGGCUGUAGCGGUUAAGAGACUUGGCUCUUGUGGAAGUUGUGGCCAAGGGCGUCGGCUAGAAUGUGUGUCCACAGAGGAGGCCUGAGGCCGGGUGUUCGGAUCCAUUCCUUCUACUACUGUGAGUGAAAGCUUCUAGGUCAGGGUACUCUGUAGGCUUGCCGCACAAGUUGAACGUUGUUUUCUCAGUUGAAAACAAGGUGGCAGACGGGUGCGUAACGCGUGCGAAUCUACCAAACAGUUUGAAAGUGAUGAAAUUUGAAUUAAGCUAGCGCUAACAAAACGAAAUUGGAUGACAGGACACGGUCUCAAUUUCCUGGGAAUUGAUCAAUUGAUCAAUUAAUUAAUCAAUUAAUCAAUCAAUCCAGAAAGA